GUGCAGAGCGCUCUCUGCCUGAUCCCUCCUGGCGACUUGUGGCCGAGCAUGCAGGAGAUUCGGUCAGUUCACGACAAGAGCUUCCUCCGCUGGCCCCCGCACGUCAACGUUCUCUACCCCUUCGUCCCCGAGCAUGAGUUUCCUGUUGCAGCCGCCAGGGCGGAGCAGGCGCUGCGGAGGAUGAAGCCCUUCACUGUGAGCCUUGCCAGCAUGAGCAGCUUUCAGCACUCCAAGUACAGCCACACGCUGUGGCUCAAGCCUGAGGACGGUGCAGCUGAGAAGCAGGAGCAGGCGGGGGCGAGGGGAGAGGAGGAGGAUGCUCCGCUACAGCAACUCUACCGCCUCCUCCUGCAGGCCUUCCCGCAUUGCGACGACAGCAUUGCGAGGUUCCAGCGGUUUGUUCCUCACCUCUCCCUCGGGCAAUGGAAGACGCUAGAAGGCCCACCCAUAGCCCAGCUAGAGGCGAGCUGGGAGAAGUCUUCGUUCCUCGUCUCCCACGUGUAUCUCAUAGCUCGCAGCGGCUUCCACGACCCCUUCCGGGUUGUGUAUGCUGUUCCCUUGGGCAAG